AUGUUUGUCAAGCGGAACAAGUCGAGGCCAUCGCUGAGAGCAAGGGACACAGAUGAUGAUGAUGAUGUGUCGGCUGGCUCACCGCUCGCAAAGUCGAGUACUGGGCGAGAGGAUGGAAGCGUGACAGGAGAUGCACCCGAAGAUGGAGGAAGUGUGAUGGAGAGGAUAAAAGCAAAAGCAAAGGAGAAGAAGAGUUCGGGGAAAGGAUCAAGAUUGAGCUUUGGUGGUGAUGCCUCCGAAGAUGUGUCCAGUCGAGAGGGAACACCCUUUAAGGCGAAAAAGUCGCUCUUAUCGCAAUCGUUCAAGCUCCCAACAACGGAUUCACCUGUGGCGAGUUCUAGCAGUCGAACGUACUCUAGCGAGUACUUGUCAGAGCUAAAGGCUGCUACACCUUCGAAAGCGCCUCAGAGAGUCGCAAUGGAGGACGGUGAAGAGGAUGAGUGUGGGAUAUCUUCCUUGGCUCAGCACAAAUACGCCACACAAUUCUCAGAAGACGUUUCGGCUGGGAUCCCGGACCCUGCGGCUGUAGCUGCUGCCAAGAUGAAGCGUCAAGCCGCGGUAGAGAGCGCCAAACACGAUCUUGGGGAGGACUAUAUUGCACUCGGUGGCGGUCAGCUGGCGGUGUACGAUGGCGAGAAGGGACCCCACCCCGAGAGCAGGUUGAUGCGCGAGGACGAUGAGGGGGAGGAGGGCGAUGAAGAUCUCGCAGAUUACACAGAAGUCAACGACAAAAUCUUCCUGGGAAAAAAAGCCAACAAGGCUGCUGCCCGCAGACUUCGAGGCGACAUCGGAGACAUGAUAGAAGAUCGUGAGGCCGACUCGGAGAGUGACGAGGAUACAAAGGAAUGGGAAGAGGCCCAGGCCAGAAGAGCUGGACGAGUCGAAGAUAUGGAACUUGAGAGGAUACUGAACCGAGGAUACAUUCCCGCACCGAUCCCAGCUUCACGUCCAGUCCCAACACUUGGGCCCGCACAAGCUCGUUUGGCCAAAUCCUUGACCGAACUCCGACUGAAUCAAGCCGAAGCCACGCACAAUUUAGAGGGCACCGCCAAAGAGCUUGCAAUGCUCGAAGAGCAAGAGAAGCAGCUGCGUUUAGAGGUUGAACGGAUGGAGGGGAAGAGGGAGUGGGUUGAGGAGUUUCGGAUAUGGGUCGACACUUUGGGCAAGUUUUUGGAAGAAAAGAUCCCGCGCUUGGAAGAGAUCGAGAAAGAUGCUUUACAUCAUUUGACGGAACGUCAAGAUUUGGUGAACAAGCGUCGUUAUGCCGAUAUCUCGGAUGACCUUUCGUUAUUCCUCGGGUCACCGAUGCCAGACCCAGAAGACGUGGAUGAGAUGGGGCGGUCUCGAGAAUCCGAAGCUGGUCCCAGCAGUGCCGUAAGGCGGUCCAGACGGUCAGACAGGGAAGCGAGAAGAUCACGGCGUCGCACAACUCGGCCGGCUCAGGAAGACGAAGGAUAUUCUACCGAUUCCAGCCUGGCUCAAGGCGAUGCCGAGGAUUAUCGAGUAGCCCAGAGAAAUCUAUCAAGGAGUGUACAGGGUCUACUUGAGGAUGUCAAAGCAGAAGAUUUCCGUGAUCCGACACUGGGGUUAGCCAAGCGGUUUGGAGAUUGGAGGAAGCGGUACGAGGAAGAGUAUCUACAGGCUUUCGGUGGUCUGGCUUUGGUCCAAGCUUGGGAGUUUUGGGUCAGAGGCGAAUUGAUCGGAUGGGAGCCAUUCAGGGACUCUACGUCCCUCGAGUCAUUCACUUGGUUCACCGCUUUGCAUGAGUACUGCCAUCCGCGAGAGACGAACGGGAUGAAUGGCGAUAUUGACAUGGAAGGCGACCCUCCCCUAAGCCCAGAAGGCGAUCUCGUUGUGGAUAUGGUUGCAAAAGCUGUGGUACCCUUGUUAAACAAGAUCAUACAAAGUGGAGGAUACGACGCAUAUUCAUCGAUGCAGACACGAAAAGCCCUGGACCUCGUCGAAGUCGUCCGAGAUCUCGUAGGGCCGGAGAACAAGAAAUACCUGUCCCUGCUGAGCGCUGUCUUUGGCGUAUUCACACAAAGCAUCACCAACCUUUCGGAUCUGAUAACAGCUUGUUCCAGACCGGAUGCCAUCCCUCCUCCCGCUUUCGACCCGGCAUCCCGAUUUGCCACCCAACGAUUCGCUCGGAAAUGUAUCAAACUCCUUCGCAAUAUCGUCUUCUGGCGCCGUUGUUCCACUCGCGAAGUCCAAGAUUUGGUCAAUCUUUUAGUCGGCGAAGUGCUUCGACCAGUCCUGACCAAGACCUGGGAAGGAGGCGGGAAGGAGAUGGCCGAGAAGAUAGCUGGCUUGGCCAGAAUCGAUUUGCGCCCGGAUCUCGCCACUUUCCUCCGGGACGGACCCGGAUAUAGCAGGUAA